ACGCGAAAAUUUUCACUCGCAAACACUUCAGGUGGAGAUUUUAAUAGCUGCAGUGCGUGUGUUCGAAUACCUUUUGAAAAAUUGCAAAUUUAUUAAAAAAAUUCACAAGUUUCGAGAAUGCCAACUGCUUUGGGAGCGGCUUUGGCGAUGGGAAGGAUUUGCCUGAUAUAAUGUCUGAUACCUUCAAAAAUCAACUUGUCAACAUGGGCACUCGCGCGGCUGCUUUCCAAGCAAGAUUGCGUUGCCUUCAUGACUCACAUGUACGCCUCCUACAAAAUACCCAACCCGCGCCCUCUGGCGACGAUAUUGCUAACAAUAUCAAAUACUUUGUCCAAACCCUACUAGCUGUCCUCAAAGAUGUACGUACCUCACCACAUGACCUUAUACGCGACCCCUCUGAGGAUCCCACACGCAUGUCAGCCUAUCCAAAUCUCGAAUAUGGUAACCUCUAUAAUGCCCUAACAAUGCUUAUUGACGUUGCGCCGUGCGUACAAUGUGGACAAAUUGCAUUUGGAAAGUAUCUGUUGCAGGGCCUUUGCUGCUUACUCCCCUUUCUCGAUAAGGAUUUAAUUGAUAAUUUGCCCUAUCUGGUCAGCUCUACUAUGUCUGUACUACCAACAGCUCUACAUCAGGAUAUCAUCAAUGCACUCUGCUACUAUAUUCUACCGUUUACUAUAACCCGACGCACCGCAGAUGAAGAAUGUCAGGCAUGUCAGGCAGUAUCUUCAGUUAUUAUGAUGGUUCUUCAAUAUUCUCAUAAUCCCGCGCAUCACUGUCAGCUUCUGGAAUGCCUUAUGACUCUCAAACACAACGUUGUCAAGGAUAUACUUUGUGUCAUCGCCUACGGCACCUCUGUAUCACGCUCCUCGGCGGCUAAGCUACUCUUUUACUAUUGGCCCGCUUUCGAUCCUAAUCUUUUUGAUCGUAAAGUGUUGCUGUCGAAGUUAACAAACGACAUGGUGCCCUUUGUGUGUCAGUGUGACCAAUGUCCCAACACUGGCAACGCCGAGGCGGCCAAAGUUUGCUUCGAUCACGGCAUCAGCACCAGUUAUGCCGCUGAGCGCGCGCCCCCACUUUAUCUCUGCAUCGAAUGUGCCAAUGAGAUCCAUCGCAAACAUGCUAACCUCGAGUUCGGCGACAUUCUCCACCCCAUGCAGCAAGUAUCCAUGGUGUGUGAGAAUAAAAAUUGCCGCUCCACCGACAAAGCAGCUUUCUCGAUCUGUUUCUCUACCGAAUGUGCCAGCUAUAAUGGAUACCACCCGAUACGUUACUGCGCGCAGUGCCAUAGCAAUCGACACAACUCGCGACGCGGUGGCGACCAUGUGGUGCAUCGUAGCCUGCAAAUCAUCUGGCAGAUGGAUCCCGAAAUACAGAUGCAUAUGGUGGAGUCCGUGAUUAGUUUGUUACGUGAAGCUAAGCCUCUCAAUUUUGAGCCCGGUAAAGAUGGUACGGAUCCGAAGAAGAAUGGUGACAAUGGCACACCCGACACCAUAUCGCUGGAAGAGCGCCAAAUGUUGGGUCGCUAUGGCAUUUGGUUGUUGGUGGGCCGUUGCACGCCAACACCCGAAAUGCCAGUUGAGGUAUUGGGACGCAUUCUGAGUAUGUUGUUCCACUGGUUUCAUGUGACAGCGUGCUCGUAUGAUGUGGGUAGUCAAAUUGAGAGCACCAUCGAAAAACUUAAGGUAGAGCAUGUCUGCAAUUGGCUAAAGGAGAUUUGUCGUCUACAUUACAAUGUUUUUAUUUCUUGUUUGCUUCCACAUCCACCGGAGUAUGCACGUGUGGGCGGGCAUUGGGAGACGUUGGCUUCGCGUACCAGUCAUCUUAAAGAAGGUUUGCAACGUCUCAUCUGUCUGGUGCCGUAUGAGGUUAUUACCUCCGAAAUUUGGGAUUACGUCAUGCCGCAUUGGAUGGAAGCCAUUACUAACGAUGUGGGUGAAAAGGAACUGAUUGAGCUAAAAAUUGUACUCAGCAAAAUACUAGAUCCAGAAAUGUCUCCACUCGGCUUUGAUGCGAAAACGAUGUAUAACUUUGUGGCCAUGCGCUUCGAGAAAACUACAGCGAAAGUCCAACAGCAAGCAUUGCAUUGGUUACAGAUACUCACAAAGCUUGGCAUUCUUAUACCACUGGUGCAGUUAUUCGCCAUGUUCGGUGAUGGCGUACGCAUCAUGAAAUAUGGUGUACAACAUGAGCUAAUGCGGGAGAAGGAGGGGCAGACUAAGAGUCCAAAAACACCAUCGAAAGAGCAGAAAAAUGAGUUGGGUAAUCCACCACGUCGCAGCUCCAUUUCCCCAGUCGUUGAAGACGAUUCCGGCAACACGUCCGCUAUUUCAGACGAUGAAGCACCAACCAAUCGCCACAUGGAAUUUUCUACAGAUGCCGAGCAUAAUCUAACUUGUUGCAUUCUCAUGCUGGAUAUAUUGUUGAAGCAAAUGGAGCUGCAGGAUGUGGAACAGCACAUGGGCAUACAUACUAGCGUCUGUGAGAAUGUAUCACGAUUGAUUAAGUGCAUGGUCACGGCGGCCCGUGUGGGUUUAAGCAGCCACGUGUGCUCACUGAAGGUAGCUGAAUGUGCUUACUGUGAAGCGUCCAUUAUGUGGCAUCAGCUCUCUACCAAAUUGGUACAGUUUAUGGCCCCGCUUAAUCCAGUACGAGCACCAGAUGUUCCAAUUGAAGAUAUCAUCGAAGAGGAAAAAUCUUCUCGUAAAAGUCCACCCGAAAGUGAUAAGGAAAAGUCACGUGAUCGCGAUGUAUCACUCUCAAUGGCGCCACUACCAAUACCUUUGGGCCCUCUGGGCGGUUUUGCAGACAUCUUAAAGCUAGAUCAAUUCUUUUCAGACGAUGGGAAAAUUAUAAUUAUGGCAGGACCGGUGCCAGUCGCAGUGCCACAGCCGGAACCACACUCCGUAGGCGGGGUACUCGUACACAUGCCACACGUUUGUUCCAAUAACGAUAAUGGGCGUUCAGUUGGUAGUAUUGAAUUGAGAAAAGUUCACGCCACAGACGAGAUUAUGACCGCAACAGUGGAAACGGUUUCCGAACAAUUGGACUUAGCUUCCAUCUUGCCUGCGGAUAGAGCUAUAGCACGCUCUAUAACGCUCUCCGAUGCGGAUGUAGGUAGCGCCAAUGUGAGUGUAACCAAGGCCUCGGUGAUUGGGGAAAAUGGCGGAGCAAAUGGCAGCACUGCCGGUGGAGCAGGUGAAAAUGGCAGCGUAUCCGACGAUGAGGAAGACGAAGAAGAUGGCGAAGAUUUUUGGCACACAUCGGUUGGUAAAUUCAAGUUUACUUUGGAACAAUUGCCGCAAACUCUACAAUAUAUCCAUCAACUAUUGACGGAAAUCCCUACCAUAAAAAAACCCGAAAUUCUCUAUUAUAUCCUCCAAUGUCUGAAUGUAAUGGCACUGCAUGGCGACGCUCUGGCUAAAGCAGCACGUGAGCAUCGUGGUUUUUUCAUAUGGUGCCAGGAAAAUCUGCUGAUUCGGAAUCUUUGGGAGCUUUGCAAUGCCGAGCAUUCGCAUAUCUGUCAGGCUGGCGUACCACUCUUACUCCAUUGCAUUACCCUCCCAUUGGGUUCGGAUGUAUUUUGGCGUGUCGUGCAGGAGGCCUUUCACGACACCGAUUGGCGUGUACGAUUCACAGCAGUAGAGCGAGUUACCGUAAUUACACGUUUCAUGGACUCGACCCCAUUGCGCACCGAAGUCGGACUGCAGACGGCGCUCGCUACGGCAUUUUGUCAUCUGAUCGCCAGCAUGGACGACAUCAAUGUGUAUGUGGCGCAGCGGGCGACGCUGUAUAUUGGCACCAUACAUGACACGGCAAUUCGGUCACUCCUCUUCUGCUUGGAAUCGCAAUUCGAUUUAUUCAUUGUCGAUCGUCCCGUAGUUUUGCAAUCUGUCUAUCAGCUCCACAAUUCACUUUCGGAUCGAAGAAUUCUUACGUGGGAAUUCUUUUUGAAUCGCUUCGAUACGCUCUUUGUGGAGGCGCAAAUUAAUUUGGAAAAAUGUGGCGAUAUUUCGUAUUUGCGGGACUUACGUAACUCCGAGAAUGGCAGUGAAGCGCUCUCAUCUAAGAUAUUAAAAGCGCGCGAGGCUCUGAGUCAAUCAGAUACCAGCGGCAGCAUGGCCAAGACUCUGAGCGCCUCGUUUGGCACCAAGUGGCCAUACAAACGCACAAUGUCUGCACCUGCGAGCAUGAUACCGCGACAGGAUUCCAAAUUUGUGCCCGAAAAAGAGAAGAUCUACAGCCGGCAAAUAUCAGCGCCCAUACUAAAGCGGAAGACGUCACGUUUCGGUUUGGGUCAGUUUUUAGGCUCUAGUGGCAACCAUGCCAAUGUUACUAGUCAUAGUUAUGCAAGCUCCAGUCAUCCACCCACACAACACACCCGUGGCGGACACAACCACUCUCACCCAUAUGCUCAUCCACACUCCUCACAUGCAACAACAUCGUCCAAACACUAUUCCUCUACUAUAGCUUCCACCACGCAGCCAUGUCCCGUACAUAAUCCCUGCACCACCAACACCACCACAACUACUACAUCUAUUUCCCACAGCCAUUUCUUCUUCUCUUCCAAUUCACCUUCCACAUCCACCAACACAUUUACCACUCAUUUUGCGCAUUUUACUAGUAGUAAUGCACUUCCACCAACAUCACAACCACAAUCAGUAGCUACAUUCUCAACGUUAGCCUCCUCCGCAUCUCAUAGUCAGAGUCAUCAGUAUUUAGUGCAUUGCGUAGCGCCUACACCUAAUCAAACAUUCAUAGCACACAGUCCAAUGCCGACGUUGCGUGAAGCUGAGCCGCCGCAAUCGAGCAUGCAUAUAUUGUCAACACAAAAAUCGUCGCUACCACCACACCAGUCGCAUCACGCCUCCUAUCAUUCACACUUCCAGAAACACCCCUCCGCACCCAAUCUCUUACCACCACCAUCGGUUACAGCGAUGCCUAGUCCCAGUCCCGCAACUUCAACCAAUCCGCUGCUCCAUUGCACCUGCGAUGGUGGCGGUCCAGGUGGUGCUGGUAUUGGUGGUAGUGGCAGCGGCAGCGGCGGCGGUGGCGGUGGUGCCUCCAGUAAUGCGCCUGCAUCGGCACACCAAGAUGGCCACAUUCACUCAUUAGGCGGCAUCAAUGACGACAACCUUAUCGGUCUGCUGAGUCGCAUUACCGAGCUGGAGGAGUCCGAUCGUGAAACAAUACAUCUGCUCGUUUUUCUGCUGAUGCAAUUCAUGUCACGCACCGAUCAGGCAUUUCCCUCUGAAGACAAACCUAUAUCCAAAACACAAAAUAUUGUGCUCAAACAUUUGUUUUUGCUUUUGGGUCACAAUCAAAUCGAUAAGACCUUCCACACAGCGCCAGAGAACCUGCGCGCUUCGGCAGUCUUCAACGCUUUUCUCGCAAAUCUCCCGCAGGUGUUAGAUCAAAACCAUUUGAUUGGCGGUCUCAUUCUCCCUUCUAUCAUGCAGAUCAUAUUGUAUGCGCCUAACCCCAGUAAUACCGCAGCCGAUUGCUAUCAGAAUUUGGUCUUUAACUAUUCACUUUGGUAUUUGGAACAAUAUCCACGCCGUAAUUGGAUGUUAACUAUUCUAGUGGUACUCUACAAGUAUUCGUAUACUCAACCUCCGCACAGCGCUUAUGUCAUUUCCGCAAUGCGCAUGGUUAUGAACAGCCUGCGCAACCAUUUCCAUCAAUGUCGUCGUAUACCGACCACUACAAUAUUAGAUAUACAAGGUGCAUCGCGUUCGCGCGACGUUAGUCAACCUUCAUUGGGCACAGAUCCUGAUGAGAAAGAUCCCAGUCCACCAGCUAGUCCAAUGUUUCCUUCGGAAGGUACGAGUGCUGCUUCGAAGAGCAAAGGUCAAAAUGUGGCUUUCACGCCAAAACUACAACAUGCAUUCCGCAAAUAUAAUGACUCUAGUUUGGAAGCAGACGAAACAGAAUCGGAAUUGGUUGCGAUACCGGAAAGUGAUUUAUCGGACAGCACCUUGCAUGGAAGUAGUGCUCCGGGUUCGUUUGAUGAUACUGUGCACUACGACGAAACUCCACUUUCAAAAGGAGAUAUACAGCGGUCACGAGCAAUGCGCGCCAUAGAAUACGAAGAGAAAACCACCAAACCACACCAUAAGUCCAUGAUUACCACCAAAACUGGUGACACCUACACCACAAAAAUUCGAACUUCUGGAGCACAGGAAGCUGUGAGCACUACUGUCGUUACUACGCAUGCGCGUCAUAGUCUGCAAGAGGGCGUGCGCAUGAUCGUUACUCCACUUGUGGGCACCGAUACUGCUGCCGAGACAGCCAUUGUCAGUCCACCCGUUGAUGUGCAUCGCGCCAUCACAGUACGUAAUAAAUCGCUUGAGAAUGCCGCCGCCUCUACAUCAAAAAUGUUCGCCGCGAUUGCCACAAAUCAUUUGAAAGCUUUGGGUGCACUCCAAGAUAUACAGACGAAGUCCAGCGAUAGUAACUCAAAGUCUCUGACAUCCAGCAAUGGUAAUCGCUCAACCAAUAGCAGCACUGAGAGCUCGGACAAGCGGCAGCAGCAACAACAGCAGCCGUGUACUUCUCAGCAAACACAACAGCAGCAUCAAGCCGCUAUUUCCAAGAAACCCAUUGGUCGACACAAAACCAUCGUCGAAUGCAGCGCUGGCACUUCGUCCUCCUCUACCGGUACCGAUGACUCGCGCCUUAGUGCUAAUCACAAAAAACCCACAGGAAAAUCACUGAAGCGCUCGGAUAAAGCUUAUGGCUCACCUGAUUCCCCACUCUCCAAAAUGAGUGUCAUGCCCAAUCCAGUUGAUGAAAUGGAUGCCACCAAGCUGCCUGCGCCAAAGAGUAUAGCCGCACUUGAAAUACCAACACCAGAACGCUUACUACCAAUUGGUACACACGAAUCCGUUGGCGGCUUAGUUGAACGCAUGCGUGAAGGUCUCAAUUUACCGGAUAUCAGUCAUCUGAAGCAGGACAGUCUCGAUGUGUCGGAGAGCACCAAAGACGAUGUAACACCCAGCAGUCGCACCACAUCACCUCGUCGCCUUAUCAAACAGGUGGCACUUGAAUCGCCACCAAAUGCUGGCAUCGCUGGUCAACAGGAUCUACAUUCUUCCAUUUUGAAAAGCGUCACGCAAGAGGUGAGGUCGGCUACCAGCGCAGCAGCAACUACAAGCAUAAGUGGUACGCACAUUACGACCAAACCAGAAGCUCCAAAACGUCCACGACAAAAAUUAGCACCCUUCAAUGUCGACGCCAGCGCUAUACCUGAUGUGCGCUCACGUUUUGCUGGCGCGUGGCCACCGCCACCAUAUCAGCCACCGGAAGAGGUCGAUGACGAUGGGGAGGAGAGUAAUGAAAAUGGAAAUGGACAUAGCAGCGCUGCAGCCCAGCCGAAUCGUGUGAGCUCGCGCCGAGUUGGCGAUUAUACAGUAUGUGACCGUUGCACCGAUUGUGGUGCACUCAUCGAGGAAUACACCGAUGAAGACAUUGGCAUAUUAAUUGUCAUACUCGGAACAUUUAUACAUCGCGAGCCAGCUAUGGCAGCACCAUUUCUGCCAGAGAUACUCACGCUUACAUCAAGGAUUUGUUUAACUUCAACACACUCUUGGCAAGGGGAGAAUGGGCCAGCAUUAGUUUGCAGCGCUCAGGCUGUGGCACUACAAUUCAUCCGCUGUGUGCUGCACCAAUUGGCGCCCAAUGGUAUAUUCCUGCAAGUCUUCCAAACGCAAGUCAAGAUGAAAGUGCGGCAUAACUCUUUCCGUAGUAUUGCUCGCGCACUGCAGGACUUCCAGGAGCUCAACGCCACACAUCCCAUUUAUAUGGUAUGUGAAUCGUUGCAAUCCAAGAAAUCGCUGCCAAUUGAGCAGCUGCCAGUGAUCUUCCGCAACAUGGCCGAGUAUUUGCAAUGUGUGCCGACGGAAUUGACAACUGGCCCGGGCGUGUGGCAGCAGGCAAUGCAAGCAAUGGAAUCGCUACUGCGGCAGGUUAUUGUACUACUACCGAAUCUGGACAAUCCAGAGCACCUUCUCGGCAUAAUGGUGGCCACUUUAAAACUGAACAUUGUGCCGAAGACGCUACUCGAUCCCUACUCAAAAAUAAUGGGCUUUUGUGUACAAAACACGAAUUUAGAGUACAACUCGUUGUACGAACUGUGCACACUGAAUAUGCGUACGUUUUCGAAGGACCGCGACAAGAUGUUACUCUGCCGUCAACUGAUUUUCGAAUUUGUACAGGCUUUGAAAUUUAAAACCAACAUUCCUGAUAAUAAUUUGCUGAUGAUAAUUGGAUUUGUGUUACACGAUGCUGGUGGCGCGCUACCGCCAGGCACUAUCGCUGGCCUGCCGGAGACCGCACCACCUCUGACCACCAACGCAGCAGAUUGCAUGCGACAGUACGUGAAUGAUGUAAUCGACUUUCUGGCAGAUUUCCAUACGCUGAGUAAAAUCAAAAAUUUCAAAAAUGGUCACGUUCAAAAUGGACUGGGCGAAGAUACUCUGGGAGGCGUAUUAAAGGGCGCAGUGGCGCAAUAUCUUGCAUUAGAAAUGUCGCGCGGCAACACACGCGACAAUAAAAGCAGCUCGCGUUACCUACCCUGGCUCAACAAUGCGCCUUCAUCGCUGCAGCAGGGCCCAAAAGAGUUCACCGAAUGUGUUGGCCACAUGCGCCUACUCUCUUGGCUAUUGCUCGGCUCGCUUACACACCUGGCGCUGACCCAGCGCCGCAAUGAGCAUCAUACUGUGCCCAUACCGCUACAACAGGUGCCACCAACUGUGCCGCCAGCCGCAGUGCAUUACCAGCAUCACCACCAACACCCGAGCGCCACAGCGCCAAUCGCUAUGCCUGUCUCACAAGAGUCAUCUUGUCACAUUGCCGAUCAUAUACAAGUGAUUUUCGCCGGGUUUGCUGAACAAUCAAAAACGUCGGUACUGCACAUGUCAUCACUCUUUCAUGCCUUCACCUUGUGCCAAUUAUGGACCGUUUAUUUGGAGCACAUCGCGCGCACGUCCAGUAAUGCGGAGGGCAAUACCAUGGGUGUACUUUUUGAAUUUUGGGCCAAAGUGACACCGUGUAUAUUGCAAUUAGUUUCCCAUGCGCGCCCACCAAAGGAGAGUGCAGGAGCCAAUGUCGGUAGUGGAGGCAUUGCUGAUUUUACGCAGAACCCAAACGCAAAGACCCCAAAUGCAAAGCUAUCCGAAAUGGUGAAUCUUCACUUUCUUAGCCUACUCGAAGCACUGAAGGAGACAAACUCCACCAUAUUAGGAAAACUAUUGCCACUCUGGAGUCCUGUAUUGUCAUCGCAAACACAGCUAUCCGACACUCUGCAUGUGCGUUUGCAAAACGUACGUGACUAUGCACCCGACUACGUGGAGCAACAGACACAUCCAUCGGAUGCAUUACUAAAAUGGUUGCAGCGGCUGCAAUUCAAAAUGGGUCAAAUAGAACUGCAAGCAUCCACAGCAACACAAUUCUAUUCAAUUUAAAAUAUAUAUGCGUUGCCUGUUGUUAUAUUAGGAAUUCUACAAGUUUGUGUACUUUAUUGAGAGACGAAAGCAUAGUUUUCAACAUUAUAGCCACCUAUGAGUGGGUGCUUAAAAGGGAAGCUUUAAAUUUUUAACGAUGACUUAAUCGAAUUCAAGUACUUACAUUUUACACGUCUUAUAUGCUGAGGGUCGCUACACAUACAUACAUAGUUUUACGUUUAACCAGCAUAAAUAUGUAUUAUAUAUAUGUUGUUGACAAAAGAUCGCCUAAUAAAUGAACUUUCAAAUAAUAAAA